AUGGCGAUGCUGAACGUGGGCGCGCUCCUCACGGGCUACGACACGGUGGGGGACCACACGGAGUUCCUCGUCGAGAUCUCGUGCAACGGCGGGUUGUGGCGCAUCUCGCGUCGCUUUAGUGACUUUGACCAGCUGCAUGCGCGUCUCGUGCGGCGCUUUGGCGACCUCAUUGAGGCGUCUCUGCCUGAGAAACAGUGGUUUGGACGAUUUGACCCAAACUUUUUGACUAAACGUCAAGCAAGUCUGCAGGAGUAUGUUGAUAAACUGCUGCAGGUCCCUGGUAUUUUGGACGAUGCGUCCCUGCAGCAUUUUCUGGAGUUGGAGAAGCACUUGGAGUUGCAUGGUGAGUCGGGCAUGGGCGGAGUCGGCAGCAACGGUCGAUCCAGCGGCAUAUGGUCCGGCAAGGGUGCGUUAAGUGAGAACGACCGAUUGAGCGGUAUAAUCGAGAGCGCGGCACAAGCCUUUAUCGACAUCAGUGAGGUACCCGAGCCGCUCGAAGCUGAACAAGCUGUCCAGCGCAAAAACGAGAUUGUAGUGGCCUCGCAGAACGUUUUGAACGAGCAGAAGUUAGGGGAGCAGUUUGCUGCUCAACUGACAACUCUCCGUCUUCCGCGUGUCCAAGGGCAGGUAUCGGACGAAGAGUUGCUCUCACGCUUGGACAGCAACAACGGGGUUGACUUUUCGUAUGAGCGGGAGCACGAUUAUCUUGUGGGCAUUUUGAAGCAUGUCGAAGCUUCGCUUCAAAUGAGUAUCACGCCGCCAUCGGUCGACUUAAUAGCUGUCAUGACUGUAUCAACGGCACCGGAGACAACCGCCAUCAGGUCGAGCCAAUCGCUGCCAAGCGGAAAUGGUGCUCCAGAAGUGGGAUCGCUGGAUGAUCGAAGCAGCGUCGGCAACGAGUCGUUCAGCUAA